AUGGCGCCGCCAUCCUCCGAAGAGCCGGCCGCCGCCUCCGGGGCCGGCGCCAUCUCCAAGGUCCUCGUCGUCAUAGCGAUGCAGACGGAGGCGCUCCCGCUCGUCACCCGGUUCCAGCUCGUCGAGGCGGCCGCCGAUGAUUCCAUGCUGGAACCAGUUGGUCCUCAGUUUUCUUUGGAUGCUCUCAAGCUAACACCUUUCUUUGUCGGCACACACCUAACAGAUUUCCUAAAGGUGCCCCUUGGACUCGGUACCAUGGCGACUACAAAGGCCUCCACAUCGAUCUCGUCUGGCCUGGAAAAGACCCUGUGCUUGGCCAGAGGAGCAGGUAUUGGGGAUGUCUUCUUAGCUUCAGAUGUUGCUUUCCAUGACAGGAGAAUACCCAUUCCUGUCUUUGACAGUUAUGGAAUUGGAGCACGAAAAACAUUUGAAACCCCGAAUAUAGUGAAGGAACUCAAUUUGAAGGUUGGGAAACUGUCAACUGGUGAUUCUCUGGAUAUGUCCCCCCAUGAUGAGACAGCAAUACUGAGCAAUGAAGCUACAGUCAAGGAUAUGGAGGGAGCAGCGGUGGCAUAUGUUGCUGACUUGUUCUCGACACCUGCUAUCUUUGUCAAAGCUGUGACUGACAUUGUUGAUGGGGAGAAGCCAACAGCCGAGGAGUUUCUGCAAAACCUGAUCUCCGUGACGAUGGCGCUUGACCAGGUCAUGCAGCAGUGCGCCGGCGAGGAUGAGGAGACCACUCCACUCUCCGGCGACCAGUCCUUCUUCACAGCCAUCAUGUGCAAGACCCACGUCCAGAAGCCUUAUCUGCUGGUCGGCGAUGCGUGUGUGUUCGAGCUGGUGUCCGGGUAUGCUGGAGAUGGCGGCAAAAGGGAGGUGGUGCUGGAGGUGCAGGUGCUUCGACGCGGUGGCCUGCCGGAGCCUGAGGAUCUCGCCACCAAAGGAGACACCGCCGACGAGCCCAUCGUUAUCAUGGAGUAG